GGAGCGCCCAGCCAGCCGGCCAGCCCUGCAUCUCAGCCCCGCCGAGCGAGCUCUUCAGAGUUAUGUCAUGCCCAGACCACCACAGGGCUCCAUGAAGAUUUAUAGAAGAUGCCCCGGAUCUUGGCGCCUCUGGUGCUCCUUUUGGUGUGGCUAAUGAAGAUCACUGCCAGCCCCCAUUCUCUGAGGAUUGCUGCCAUUUUGGACGAUCCAAUGGAGUGCAGCAGAGGUGAAAGGCUGUCCAUCACGCUGGCCAAGAAUCGGAUUAAUCGAGCCCCAGAGCGGGUGGGGAAAGCCAAAGUGGAGGUGGACAUUUUCGAGCUGCUGAGAGACAGCGAAUACGAGACCGCCGAGACCAUGUGCCAGAUCCUUCCCAAAGGAGUGGUUGCUGUCCUGGGACCAUCGUCAAGUCCUGCUUCCAGCUCUAUCAUCAGCAAUAUCUGUGGGGAGAAAGAGGUUCCCCAUUUCAAGGUUGCUCCAGAAGAAUUCCUUAAACUGCAGCUGCAGAGAUUCACCACCUUGAACCUCCACCCCAGCAACACCGACAUCAGCGUGGCCGUUGCUGGGAUUCUACAUUUCUUUAACUGCACCACUGCCUGCCUCAUCUGUGCCAAAGCAGAAUGCCUUCUAAACCUGGAGAAGUUGCUCCGUCAGUUCCUUAUCUCUAAAGAAACGCUCUCAGUCCGGAUGCUGGAUGAUAGCCGGGAUCCUACACCAUUGCUAAAAGAGAUCAGGGAUGACAAGACGGCCACAAUUAUUGUACAUGCCAAUGCUUCAAUGUCCCACAUCAUUCUUAAGAAGGCAGCUGAACUGGGAAUGGUGUCAGCUUAUUACACAUAUAUCUUCACUAAUCUGGAAUUCUCCCUCCAGCGAUUGGACAGCCUUCUGGACGAUCGAGUGAACAUUAUGGGCUUUUCGAUUUUCAACCAGUCCCAUGCGUUCUUCCAAGAGUUCGCGGAGAGCCUCAACCAGUCUUGGCUGGAGAACUGCGACCACAUUCCUUUCACUGGGCCAGCACUGUCUUCUGCCUUGUUGUUUGACGCUGUCUAUGCCGUGGUGAGUGCAGUGCAAGAGCUGAACCGGAGUCAGGAGAUUGGCGUGAAGCCCCUAUCCUGUGGUUCCCCCCAGAUCUGGCAGCAUGGUACCAGCCUGAUGAACUAUCUAAGAAUGGUAGAAUUGGAAGGUCUCACCGGCCACAUAGAAUUCAACAGCAAAGGCCAACGAUCGAAUUACGCCUUGAAAAUUCUGCAGUACACGAAGAACGGCUUCAGGCAGAUUGGUCACUGGCACGUUACCAAAGGACUUACCAUGGAUGACCAGAUCUUUUCUUCUAAUGCAUCAGAGAGCCUCUUCAACACCACGCUCAUUGUCACCACUAUCCUGGAAAACCCCUACUUAAUGCUCAAGGGCAACCACCAAGAGCUGGAGGGGAACGAGCGCUAUGAAGGCUUCUGCGUGGACAUGCUGAAGGAACUAGCAGAGAUCCUGCACUUCAACUACAAGAUCCAUCUGGUUGGCGACGGAGUGUAUGGCGUCCCCGAGGCGAACGGGACCUGGACCGGCAUGGUCGGAGAGCUGAUCGCCCGGAAAGCUGACUUGGCAGUGGCCGGCCUCACGAUUACCGCCGAGCGGGAGAAGGUGAUUGAUUUCUCGAAGCCCUUCAUGACUCUGGGGAUCAGCAUCCUUUACCGGGUUCACAUGGGGCGCAAGCCUGGCUACUUCUCUUUCCUGGAUCCUUUCUCUCCUGGUGUCUGGCUCUUCAUGUUACUCGCCUACCUCGCUGUGAGCUGUGUCCUCUUCUUGGUGGCCCGACUGACCCCGUAUGAGUGGUACAGCCCCCACCCCUGCUCUCAAGGGAGAUGCAAUCUACUGGUCAACCAGUACUCUCUUGGAAACAGCUUGUGGUUUCCUGUUGGUGGGUUCAUGCAGCAGGGCUCCACAAUUGCUCCUCGAGCGCUAUCCACCCGUUGUGUCAGUGGAGUCUGGUGGGCCUUUACCUUGAUUAUCAUCUCAUCCUAUACGGCCAACCUUGCUGCCUUUCUCACUGUGCAACGCAUGGAUGUGCCCAUUGAAUCAGUAGAUGACUUGGCUGACCAGACAGCGAUCGAGUACGGCACAAUCCAUGGAGGUUCCAGCAUGACAUUUUUCCAGAAUUCUCGGUACCAGACAUACCAGCGAAUGUGGAAUUACAUGUACUCAAAGCAGCCCAGUGUCUUUGUCAAGAGCACAGAGGAAGGGAUUGCCCGGGUGCUCAACUCUAACUAUGCCUUCCUGCUGGAGUCCACCAUGAACGAGUAUUACCGCCAGCGCAAUUGCAACCUCACGCAGGUCGGAGGCCUUCUGGACACCAAGGGCUACGGGAUUGGCAUGCCAGUCGGAUCUGUUUUUCGCGACGAGUUUGACUUGGCCAUUCUCCAGCUGCAGGAGAACAACCGCUUGGAAAUCUUGAAGCGCAAGUGGUGGGAAGGAGGGCAGUGCCCGAAAGAAGAAGACCAUCGUGCCAAAGGUCUUGGAAUGGAGAAUAUAGGUGGAAUCUUUGUGGUUCUGAUAUGUGGUUUAAUCGUAGCGAUUUUUAUGGCAAUGCUGGAGUUCUUAUGGAGUCUCCGACACUCUGAACACUCUGAGGUGUCCGUCUGCCAGGAGAUGAUGACGGAGUUGCGGAGCAUCAUUCUCUGUAAGGACAGUUUCCAACCCCGCAGGAGGCGAGGGGGAAUUAUACGGACUCGCCCCAUUAUACAGGAAGAACGAAGAGUGCGCACUACUACCACACUCAGCAAUGGCAAGCUCUGUGGUGGAGGCGAUCCCGAGCAGCUAGCACAGAGACUCGCACAGGAGGCCGCCCUCGUUGCUCGAGGUUGCACGCACAUCCGGGUGUGUCCGGAAUGCCGGAGAUUCCAAGGUCUCCGAGUCCGGCCGGGACCGGAUUCCCCUGGACAAAGCGAUGAGAGUUUGGAAUGGGAGAAGGUGACAAACAGCAGUGAGCCUGAGUAAAGUGGCAGGGAGGUGAUGAAACAGCAGCAGCAGCAGCAAAUGUUCCAUUUUACAGAACAUGAGACUUGUACACAGUGUUGAACUAUUUUUAAAUUAAUAAAGUGGUUCCCCAGCUUCUCAAGAGCAAAUCAAAGCUUUACAGCUGGGGGAUGAACCCAAUGGGAUUUUUUUUGUUAUCUGUCUUGUGCAAGUAUCUAACCUACCUACUUCCUGGAGUACGGGGAGGAAGCUUUCCAUCUAGCCUGGGAGAACCCUUUUCUCAACAGCUUGCCUUUCAAACUUGAGAUAUGGGGUUUGAAAAAAGGAAGUCACUUGGAGGAGGCCGCCAGAGCAGGUUCAAAUUCUAGUGAGAAAUGACUAUCGUAUGGACUUUGUCACAUUGGGCCAAGGAUCUCUCCUUUCAGAAGAUGGGGGAAGGGUCAUUUUCCUUUAGAUACUUUAAGGCCGCCGUGGUCUAGCACACCCGAGUUCAGGGAGCCAUUCUGAGUAGGGGCAUUCAGAGGUUAGGGCAAAGGGUUACCUCCCAUAUCAGUGCAGCCCUCCUAGGAAAAGUGCAUUCAAAGAGUUAUAAUAAAUACCAAAAACUAACCAACACAACAUUCCACACAGAGGCCUUGAAAUGGCUAGAAUUUCAGGUGGCCUGCUUCUUUCUUUCCCUGUGUGGGAUCUGGGGACAUUUACCAAUAGGAGACCUCUUUGGAAUAGAGGGGUGUGUGUGUCAGUUUUCUCCCACCAGCAGAGGGUGGUAGAAUUUAACUAUCCCAGGUUAUCUGUUUCUAAAGUCAUGUCUUAACUUUAUGUUAAGAAGAGAUAGGACCUCACAAUUAUACAUAUCUGUAAUGUGUGCUGUUCUUUUAAAGAA